ACUCGUUUCAUUGGCUUUCGCCGGUUCGAUUGGCAUGACAUUUGUUAUUCUUGCUUGUGCUCUUCCCUCUUAUCAAGUAUGGUGGCCGUUUUUCGUCGUAUUAUUCUAUACUUUGUCACCAAUUCCAACGUUGGUGGCACGUCGUGUUUCCGAUAACUCAGGAAGUAGUAGUAAUCCGAGAUUAGAAUUAGCAAUAUUCUUAACCAUGGGCAUUGUUAUUUCAUCCUUUGCUCUUCCAAUUGUAUUAGCGAGAGCACCAGAAAAUGAUCCAGUGAUACAAAAAGGCGCUUGCUAUUUGACAUUAGCGGGCAAUGUUGUCGUGUACCUGACAAUUGUAGCCUUUUUUAUGGCUUUUGAUCAGGAUGAUUCUGAUUACAGUAUGUGGUGAAAGAAAUAACUGCAGUACUUAUUUGUCACGGUGAAAAAAAAAAACAUAUUUAAAGUGAUAAAACGAGAAAAAACGAAGUAAAAAAAUACGCUCCCCCCGAAAUAAGUUAUUAAUAUACAUACUUUAUAUAAAUAUACAUAUAUAUAUAUAUAUAUUACGUAAGUGCAUACACAUACUUUAUACGUCAUUUUAUAAAUAGACCACAAUUUAGAAGCUCUUUUAAAUUUUUGUAUAAUGUCACAUGAAAGGAAAAAAAAGAGCUCCUUCAGUGCACUGACUGAUUGCUACGCUUUAAUGUUUAACGUUAAAUUUACAUUCUAUACAUUAUUAUAAUAUACAAUUUACAAUUUCAUUUAAAAUCAUUAGUCUAAGUUUAUAAAAAUUUGAUACAUUUAAUUACUCAUUGAUAUUUAAUAACUUAGAGUAGAUUAAAAUAAUAUUUUAUUUCUUUUUUUAAGAACAUUUUUGUUCUUUAUUAUACUCUUCAGUUCAGAUUUCAACUGACUGCAAAUAAUUACCCUAAAUUUAACCCAAUUCUUUUUUUACUUUAAUCAUAAUUAAAUGUAGUCAAAAUAAUAUUUCAAUUGAGAAUUAUUUAUUUUAAUUACAAUUUUCGUUUUUAUUCGCUAUAUGUUUAAUAAUAUGGUAAAGCAAGAUUAUUGUCGUAGUUGUAUGUGAUCAGGAAAUAAUAAUAAUGUUUACCAUUCCAAUUGUAAUUGUUUAUUCGCAAUUAUCAUUUUUUUAUUGUA